UUAAGCGGGCGCAACAAGCUGAUCGCUGGACGCUGAUCGCAGGGCUCAUUUGCGCCGACAUUGACUUUGACCAGCACACGCGAAAAAUUGUGAGGUCACGCUUUUUUAACCUUUCUCUCAGGUCCUGACCUGUAUGUCAAUCCAUCCUAAAUCCUCCUGCUGAGAAUCUCAAUCGUUGCAUUGUUGAACGUCAUCGUUAACUCCCUGAUUCCUGAUGUCGAAAAUGAAUGAAUUUGUGCGACUUGAAAAGCUGGGAGAAGGGACAUACGGUGUUGUGUACAAAGCUCGCAACAUCAAAACGGAUGAGAUCGUGGCGAUGAAGAAAAUCCGUGCUGAGGAGGAAGAAGGCAUUCCUGCCACUGCCAUCCGCGAGAUUUCUUUGCUGAAGGAACUUGCCCAUCCCAACGUUGUCUCGCUGCAUGAUGUUCUCAUGGAAGAAUCCAAGUUGUACCUUGUGUUUGAGCACAUGAGCAUGGACCUGCGCAAGUACAUGGACUCUCUGGGCAAAUCAACGAUGCCUGCAGAAACAAUCAAGUCUUUCCUUUACCAGAUUACCCUGGCAAUUCUCUUCUGCCACAAGCGCAGAGUUCUCCACCGUGAUUUGAAGCCUCAGAACCUGCUUGUCAACGAGACUGGACGUAUCAUUAAAAUUGCAGACUUUGGACUUGGCCGUGCCUUUGGAGUUCCUGUCCGAGCUUAUACUCAUGAGGUGGUCACCCUUUGGUACCGUGCUCCUGAAAUCCUGCUCGGCUCAAGCCGUUACUCCUGUCCUGUGGACAUAUGGUCCAUUGCCUGCAUCUUUGCCGAAAUGGCCAACAAGAAGCCCCUUUUCCAGGGUGACUCUGAGAUUGACCAACUUUUCCGCAUUUUCCGCAUCCUGAAGACACCCAACGAAGACAUUUGGCCUGGCGUAGGCGAACUUCCUGACUACAAACCUAGUUUCCCUCAGUGGAACCAAAACACGUUGGGAAAGCAUGUGCCUACUAUAAAUGCCCAUGGCCUGGAUCUGUUGCAGAAAAUGCUCAUCUACAACCCUGUUGAGCGAUUGUCUGCCAAAGAUGCAGUCACCCACCCCUUCUUCAACGACUUGGACAAGGGCAGCUUGCCUGCGGUUGCAGACUAAAAACUUACCAUUACCAUCUUAUUCCACAACAUUGCAUUUAUUAAUUAUUUAUAACAUUCAGCUACUAGGCUAAGCUGCCUGAUAUAUUCUUCUAGUUUCGCUUUUUUUUCUAAUGCGCCUUCAUUUUUUAUUUCCCUGAUAGAUGUUUAAAAUGUCAAUUGUGAUGUGCUUGUAAGCACAAAGUUCUUCUGCUAUACUAACAUGAGAGUAUUAAAGUACAAUAAGUGAUGAUGUACAAAAUGACAAAGGAAAACAGCGUAUAAUUUCUAGAUGAUUUAAAUUUUAACCUGAAGCAU